AUCAAUAGCUCCAAGAAAACCCUUAUACCUGUCAUGCAACUUAGAAUAAUGAACAAAGUUAGUAAUAGGGAACCGAGUACCAGAUUGUGAGGAACAGGAGGAGACCGGAGCCGAAGUGACAGUCUUUGCAGAAUUGAGAACAUAGUCGUUUAGGUGGGACGGACGACGACGUGUGCGAGGCGGAAGGGAUGGAAGUAUCGGCGAUGGAGAAGUGGUCUCCACCGAGGAGGACUCAGGGUUGUCGUCGUCAUCAGAAGAGGCGGAGGGGGUGGAAGAUUCCGACGGGGACUGAGACGCAAGGAAUCGCUGAAAUUGACGGACAAAAAUCAAAUCUGUCGACAAAGCAACUAGACGGAGGAACUGGUGAAACAACUCUUGAAGUCAGAUCUUUUCAAUUUGGCCGAUCCUCACAGAUUGAACAGCAAUUUGGACGGCCUUCGCUGGGACUGGCGCGAUCGGCUGGGUCUGCUCAACGAACGCUGGGAUGGAUCUGCUGGGUGUGCUGGACGGGCAAAUCUACUGGAUCGGCAGGAUCGCUGGAGCAGACAGACGGAUCUCCUGGGCGAACGGAACUGACGGACGGACAGAUCUGCCGGACGGACGGAUGGAUCUGCCGGAAGGACGGACGGAACUGCCGGGAACUUUGGGGAUGACUGUUGCCGGACGGACGGAUCUACUGGGACGGAACUUCUGACGGACAGAGCUGCUGAGGAAGGCGGACGGCCGGACGGCGCUUGACAGACGACGUCUGUGACUUAACAGGAUUGCGAUGAUGGAACGAUAUCCCUAGGAAAUUGCUCCAAUUACAUGUAGAAACUAUUGGACGUGAAACUUGCGUUUUCCAUUAGUCACACGAAGUAUAUAUACAUGACGGAGUAUACUAGCUACGGGCCCAUAAUGUACAUAGCCCAAUACAUGAUAAACGAAUAU